AUGGAUAUACCCAGUAGUGGUGCUAUAUUUACGCUGGGCAAAUCCCAUUUGGCGGAGAAUACACAAAGUUAUUUCUACAUCAAGAAUGAUCCGGUCAAACGUUUGAUAUCCGGACCGCAUCAGAGUGCGGUUAUAUGCGAAUCUGGACGUCUUUUUGUUUGGGGCGAGAAUCAUUAUGGCCAGCUCGGCAUUGGCGGACACGGCAACAAAGCCAACAGCAACAAUAGCAAUAACAACAAUGGAGAUAUUGUCAGCAAGCCAACUUGCGUUAAAUCGCUUAAAACUCUUGGCCUAAAGAUAAACGAUGCCGCUUUUGGACAAAAUUGGGCGGUGAUAAUGACACUUUCCAAUGAGAUUUUCUUUACGGGACGCAACAUCUUUCCCGUGGACACGCAUGUGGCACAGCAUUUCAUUGAUGCCGUCGUCGAGGAGCAACCGUGUGCGAUCAUUAGAAAGCCCUUUCGCCUGGAGGAAUUCGAUGAUUAUCUCUCAAAGAACGAGGAGACGGACAACUUCAUAGCUGUGCAAGCGGGCAACGAGCACUUUGUGGUGUUGACCACCAAGGGUCGCUUGAUUGGCUGUGGAUCGAAUGCGGAGCAGCAGCUGGGGGAUCUGGAGGUGGACUAUGACGGGCAUCCUGUGGAGAUACUUUUGGAUGCUGCAGUGCAGCAAUUUGCCUGUGGACCAAUGUCAACUCUGGUCUUAACAGCGAGUGGGAAUUUGUUUUUGACAGGUCGCCUGAAUGAGUUUGUUUUCCCCAAGUUCACGGAACUGCAGAAGAAUCUCUCGCAGACGGAGAGAAUCAUUUUCAUGCACAUCUCAAAGGCUAGCGAGAUCUUCAUAGUGACCAAUGUGGGCAGCAUCUAUCGCAGCUUUGAAUCGUUGCGAAACAAGAGCUUGGUCUUUCAGCGUUUCUACGAUUACGACAGCGAGGAGAAUGGUCCCAUUUGGAAGCUAUUGAAGGGUUUUUCCUUUUACGCCGUGCUCAGCAAGGCGAACAAGUUCUUUACCACCUUCUCGGAGAGUGGCCAUCAUCUGAAGACCUUUCGCGAGAUCUCCAAGUUUAAGAAUUUACGUCUGCUCGACAUUGCAGUGGGAGAGCAGCAUAUUCUGGUCCAGGGACUACCCAGAUCGUCUACUCUGUCAGCUACAGCUGGAGCCACGGCGGAACCCCACAGCUAUAUGAGUCGCAGCUUUGUGUUGCAGCCAAAGGAUCCCAAUGGCAAUCCUGAGAUGCGCAGCGCCAGCGGCAGAAGUCUAACCAAGCAAAACGCUUUGAAAGAGCCGGAAACAGACACGGAACAAGGAUUCAAUGCAAUGGGAGCAAGUGUAGCAGCUGUGGGUGCAGGCGUGGCCACAUUGGAGGCAGUGAAGCACAUGUCGAAUGAGCAGGGAGAUCAACAGGAAGAGGAUGAGCAACCGGAAGAAACUAAACCCAAGGAAGAGGAGAACAAAGCAGAGGAGGCAGAACAAGCGUCAAAGGGAGAAGUGAUUAAUGGCAACGUGGAGCAACCAGAAAGCAACCAAGCAGAGAAGGAUCAGGAGCUGCAAGAAGCUUUACAUGCUGAAGCCGAAAAAAGUGAAGCAAUUCCCCAAGUAGAGAAGGAUGAGAAGCAGAAGGAACUGGCAUCGGAUCAAAUGGAGCCCUCUGCACCAAUGGAGAGUCCAGCUCGAGAGGUAACAAGCGCAGCUGCAGUGGAAUCCAUAGCCAAGCUACCAACUCCACCUGCAAGCACGCCUUCACCUCAGAAAUCCUCUACAGAAUCUUUAAACUCGAGCAAGUUUGCGUACCAGGAAAAAUCGCAGUCGUCAAACAGCCAGGAGAAGCAGCUUCGACCACGAACUCCUUAUCCGGAUAGCAGCAAUGCAAGUACUCCCCAGACCAUUAAAAGGACGCCCAUACGCAACUUCUCCUAUGAGGCGGCCAUGAAUCAUGAUGAAAUCGAACGCACCUCACCCGAUCUUGUGGACAGUCUGGAUACAGUGGAAGAGAAUAGUCUAGCUGAGGGUUUACCGCAUACAGACAUACAGAUAUCCACGCCCACACCGCCCACUGAGGAGGAUGAGCAACUGGCCGUGGAAAUAACCACCACUGAGGAUGCAGAGGACAGCACAAAGGUGGUAAAUGAGAUACGCUUUAUCAACAAUGGCAUCGAUGUGACAGCCAAGGUGGAGGAGCAAAUGCCGGACACCCCACUGGGUGAUUCUGUGGAGGAAUUGGAGUCGGAGAGCGAGCAAAUGCUGCAGGAUCUAGAGCAGCAUGUGGACAAAGUGGUAGUCGAGCAAAAGGAAGAGGCUGUGAAGGCCACCGAAGGCGUUGGCACUGCCAUCGAAUCAAAGCUGCUGGAAACGCGGGAUUCCAUGCAGUCGGCGAUGCGCAAAGCAACCACAGGAGCACGAGAUGCCGUUGGAGCAACCGGCGAGCGAAUGGCCAACGGAGCACAACGCAUGGCGUAUGGGGCCAGAGAUGCAGUCGAUGCGGUGGGAAAGAGCGCACAACGCAUGGCCAGCGAUGCGAAGCAUUCCAUGGAGCAGGCGGGCAGCAAUGCAGCCAAAGCGGCAUCAAAUACAAAGGAAUCUAUGGGCAAGGCCAUGGACUCGAUGACCAACAAGAUAUCCAGCGAAGUUGAUGGCGUCAAAGAGAACAUUUCAUCGUUGUUUCAAAUCAAGGCUGCCAAGGAAGUGCAGCUCACAACGACGCCCAGUUCGACACCGGAAGAGGCCAGGACAAAGGGUAACAGUGAUACAGCUGGCUCCGUCGAGGGAGAGGGCGAGAGAGAGGGAGAGGAAGAUGAACGCACCACGGCAUCGGUUAACUCAAACCACAAUUCUGCAAGCAAUGGCAAUGGAAAUCGAUUGGAGGCAGAUACCAUUAAUGCCUACGAGGAGGAUCCACUUGAUGCGGUGGUGGAGCGUGGCAAGAAGGCCAUGCAGGAGGAGUUACGUGCCUUGGAGGAGCAGCGUGCCCAAUCCCAUGUCCACAACCAAGCAGAAAAGCCUCGAAGGCAGAGCACGGAGAGCAAGGGAAUUGUCCAGCAGUUUCUCGAUGGCAUGCGUCUCUCGUGCCGCAACGAGAAGGCCGUACAAAUUGAAGAUGAACCUCCACCGCCGUCGCAGACGUCGCAGCCGCCACACUACAGCAAAAACAAAGUCAACAGCGAGCUGAGCCUACAGAAUGGACAAAAUGGAGCACAGCAAUCGUCGCGAGUGUGCACUAUUUUAUAAAAUAUGCACAGAGAACAACAUUAAGCGUACACUUUUAUAUGCAAUGUAUUUGAUUUAAAAUAAACAUGCAAUUUCAAUUGAA